CAGACACUCAGACCCCUCACCCGGCCGGCCUGUUUCGCCACAGGUGCCAGCUCUUAGCCCCAGGCCCCGGCCCGCUCCGCCGGGUGCUCGCUGCGGGUGACUCCCCAGGCCGGGAUAUGGCCCAGUCGCACUAUAACGCCUGGCAGGAGCUGGUGCAGGGACCCCGCGGUGACCCCACAAUCCUACAAGUACCGCAGCGCGGCCACUAGCCCGGGACUCGCUGCGCCUUGCCCCUGGAACCCACAACCAAAUGCCUAGUCUGGGCCAGUCCCGGUCUCCAUAGGCUGGCUGCCGGUCUAUAUAAGCUGACCCUGGCUUCUCCCGCGGGGCCUGGCCAGAGCCCCACUUCCACCGCGGAUCCUUCACCCUCCUGCCCGCCCCGGAGCAGAUCUGCGCUCGGGUCUCCAGCGAUUAACCCCGCUCGCUCCGGCUCUGUGUGAGACACCGGCUUCACUUCGAAUUAAUGCGUGUGAUCGAUCCCCUCGGACCUAUAGGAAACGCCCCGCCCCGGAACAGCCUUUAAAAACUCCUUGAAUUUGGGUCUCUCUAUUGCCCCCUGCGGAGCCCGGGCUCCGGGGGCUGCAGAGUCGGGUGGGCGAGGCUUGCUGGGGACCCCUGGAUGCGCUGGCCUCUGAAGCUCGCUCGCUCUGGGGGUGGGGGCGAGGAGGCGGACGGGGCCUUGGGAAGCCCUGGCAGUCUGAGCCGGGCGCUGGGGAUGGACUUGUUGUGUCUGGGAGCAACAGCGCGACUUUCUCCCCCUGGAUCCUGGCCUCAGACAAUAGGAGCCCCCCGUUAGCCGCUGGAGCGGCCGGGGAAGUCUCUGGUUCUGGCAUUGCAGCCUGCGCUGGGCAAGCCUCCAAGCCUGGUUCUCCCCAGCACGGCUGGAACAUGAAGACGGAGGAGGCACCAUCCUGCUUGCAGCAGGCCACCCCAGUGCUGGGCUUCGGGUCAGACUCCAAAAUGCGGGAGGUUUGUGCCGGCUGUGACAUGCCCAUCUCCGACCGGUUCCUCUUGCGAGUCAAUGAGUGCUCCUGGCACGAAGGCUGUGUGAAGUGUGCCGCCUGCCUGCAGCCGCUGUCGGGCACCUGUUACUGUCGCAACCGGCAGCUGUACUGCAAGCAUGACUAUGAGAAGCUCUUCCAGACCAAGUGCAGCAGCUGCCUGAAGGCGAUCGCCCCAUCUGAAUUCAUCAUGCGGGUGCUGGAGAAUGUCUACCACGUCCACUGCUUCUUCUGUUGUGAGUGCGAGCGGCGUCUGCAGCGUGGGGACGAGUUUGUGCUCAAGGAGGGGCAGCUGCUGUGCCGCAGCGACUAUGAGAAGGAGAAGGAGAUGCUGAGUGCCAUCAGCCCUGCACCCACUGAGUCUGUGAAAAGCGAGGAUGAGGAUGGCAGCCACUCCCAUGGCAGAGGAGGCGAGGAAGGCAAGGACCACAAGCGCUCCAAGCGCCCACGCACCAUUCUCACCACUCAGCAACGACGGGCUUUCAAGGCCUCCUUUGAGGUUUCCUCCAAACCCUGCAGAAAGGUGAGGGAGACCCUCGCAGCUGAGACAGGCCUGACGGUCCGGGUGGUGCAGGUCUGGUUCCAGAAUCAAAGAGCCAAGAUGAAGAAGAUCGCUCGCAGGCAGCAGCAGCAGCAGCAGCAGCAGCAGGAGCAGGAGCAGCUGGGCAACCCGCGUUUAGGGACCGGCCGUGGGACGGGCCGCAGCAGCAGACAGAGCAAUGAUGACAGUGAAGAUGGAGCAAGUGUUCAUGGACUAGAUGGGCUCAUGGUCCCCUAUCCCAGGAUUCCCCAGCAGCAGCUGCUGUCGCUGGAUCAGAACAGCUAUAGCACAGACUUGUACAGACAAGGGCUCACGCCGCCCCAGCUGCCAGGAGACCAUCUGCAUCCCUACGACUCGGAAGGUGUUUUCCAUGACAUGGACAGCGACAGCAUCAGCCACUUGGGAGACUGCCUGCUGUCAACAGCCGAAGCCAAUCUCCUCCAAGCCCGAGUGGGUAACCCCAUUGACCGACUCUACUCUAUGCAGAACUCCUACUUCACCUCCUGACCAUGGAAAAAGUCCUGGUCCGUUUGAGAGUGUCUUGGACAAACAUUGUUCUGAAUUCUGAAUGAGGAGUAGGGAGGAGAAACAACUCUUCAGAGAAACUCUUUGAACCCCGUACAAUGGAAGAAGCGGCUGGGUUUGCCAAGCACAUAAGCACUAAUUCAUGAGGACCUUCCACAGUCCAGAGGACUCAACUGCGUUGUCUCUCCUCUCCUCUCCUUUUCUCUAGCCACAAGUAGAUGGGUGACAUGAUGUUGUUUAGCUGUAACUGUAGCAGUUUGUCCAGUGUUUAUGCUUUAGAGCAUUACAUUCUUCAAACAAGACUGGCCAAGUUGCCCAGAUGAGGCUUGGAAGCGGCAUCUCCUCUGUUAGCUGCAUUUAUUUAAACCUUGGUUCAGCUGAUCCAUUUGUGGUGCCACUGUGCCCCGCUGCGAGGGAUUUCACCAGCCUGCCCCCUCCUGGGCCUGCAUCAUGGGAAAACAUUCAUUUUCCUUGGGGAAGGCCAGUGACUGAGGAUGCCCCUACUUGAUACCACUGCCAUUUUGGAGGCUGCCUGCAAGGGGGGUGAUUUAGGCUUUUUAAUGGCUGACACCAUGGACAAAUGCAAGACAGGUUGGUCCCUGAGGGAAAUGGCUUUGUUUGGGGACAGUAUUCACUUCCAGGAACAAAAGAUUAUUUGGUCUCUGUUAUGAUGCGAGGAAGCUAAGGGACAUGUCCCUGAAGAGAGUAACACAUCUAGAAUGGCGUAUCAGCCUCUCCCAACUGCCUCUGUGCUGCUCCCUUUAAAAGGAGGCUCACUCCAUCCAUUUAAAGUAGAAUGAAGAUCUCAUUCUCACAGCUGUAACACUGCAGAUGCUGUCUUCACUGGCUGCUGUUUGUUUCUUUUAAAACUAGUGGUGUGAACAGAUAUUAUUUUAAAAUGUUCUUACCAGAAACCCCUCCCUACAUGUUUCCAUCUUGAGUGAGAUUUCUCCCCCUAACUAUUUACUCAGUUCACUGGGACCUUCCCAGUGUUUUGCUUCCCUCAAAUACAUGAGGAGAGGAAAGGGUUCAAUUGCAUUAUCUUGGAAUGUGCUCUAUGCCAAGUCACUUCCCCUCAACAGACUGAGUUUGUUCUUGGCUUUGAAGGCAGCAGAUAGGACGCCCAGAUUCCGCUGAGAGACAGCACUGUUUCUUUGGAUGGGGAGGACCAAAACUUCUCCAAGCAUGAAGCUCUUACAAGCUCUCAGUGUGGGGCAGUUUAGGGUUAGAGAUUAGCAGGCAGGUUUGGGGUUUUGGCACGGAAGGUUUAUAAAAGAUUUAACAGACAGCAGCAGCAGGAGAGAGUGAGUGGAAGUUUAAAUCAGCUAUUUAAAAAGAAAAUUCUUUACUCACCCAGGAUUUUAUGUUUUGGAUACUGUAUGGACAGCUGGCACCCCCAGAAAUGGCAAAUAGUUCCCUGUGAGCCCUGUUUUGCACAGGCUGGUGGAAGGAGUAAGAGCCUCCAGAGUUUGCCUUCACUCAGUUAUUCAAACACUCACUGAGGAGAGGACAUCUCCAAUGGAAAAUAAUAACUUGGCAUGAGCAGGAGAUUUAAACCCUGAUCCCUAAAGUUGCAAAUCCAGCAGUUAGGUUUGUGUUGCAGCUAUCAGAGAACCUGGCUCACUGAUGUUUCUGUACAUAGUGUUGAUUUGGUUCUAAGCUCCCCCGCUUUAUCAAUUUGGUUUCAAAGUUAUGCAAAAAUUUCUCAAAUGGAGAGGAAGAAAAGGCUAAUAGUUAUCAUUGCUGUAUUUCUGUGGGAGCAGUUUGUGAACAUUAAUAAUCAUGAGCUUUGGGAGCACAAGAGACCCAUUCCCAAUAUGCAUUGCCGUCUAUCAGGCAUUCCCCAUCUAGUCAAGGGAGCUCAUGGAGACCAGGCACAAAAAACUGGUGCAUAACUGAACCACAGCCUUCAUAAAGCUCAUACCAUCAUUGCUUCCCCCAUUAAUACAGUUGUGUAAAUGUGCUAUUCAUCCACGGGCAAUCCCUUGCCUCUUUGUUUAUAAAAUGAUACUUUUUAUCUGGAUCCUCCCACGGUCAUCAGUAUUGGAUGAUUUUUGCCUUUCAGGCAGUUGUGUAAAUAGUUUACAGACAUUUUGAUGUUUCAUUUAAGGGGAGUGUCCACUCCUGGGGAAUUGGCAAUUUGUGAGUUACCUCCAUCCCCACAGGCAAGUUCUGUGGAAGCAGUUUUUCCCUGCUCCUUCCAGCCUGAGUUGCUGCACUCGGUCCAUUCCCACCUCUGUUGUGUGUCUGUCCGCCCAUAAGAAAUGAGACUGAAAACUCCCAGCUUUCUUUCUUUUUCUUUCGGUGGCUUUUGCACUAGACAUGGUCUCAGUUUAGAUUAAGUUUGAAGAGAAUGUUUCAGUGAACCAUGUGCAAAUUGAUAUGUUGCCUCCAAGCGCUGGAGGCAGCUUCACCCCUGAAAUCCUACCUUUGCUCCCGUUGUGAUCUAGUGCUGUAACGUGCUAGUGGUUUUGCAUGUACAUUUGGAAAUAAAAACAAACUUAAAGCUGAAGUCUAAAGUUUGCCUAAGCAAAGACAGACAAACUGUCUGUACCUUCACUCUGCUUAGAUUAGAUCUAAGUAGGUCUGUCCAUCUAGCUACUUCCCCAUGGGGAUUUGGCCUGAGUUCUUCAGGGGAACAUUUAAUCAGAACCUCAUCUUUCCCUGGGGUCAGACAUCCUGGAGCAAGAAGUGAGGAACUAGUGCUAACAGCUGUUCUUACUUUGAUAAAGAACCAGCAAAUACAACACCAAGAGUCAGUUACAGUUAGCUGCAAGAGAAACUGAAUUCCCCAUAUGAACAAAUACGACACUGGUAAAUGAUGUGAAGAACUAUCCUAGGUGCUGGACUACUAGUGUUGGGGAGUCUAAGAUGACAGUGACCUGAGCUUCAGAACCAAUGUUGAGAUUCACUUGCAAGAACUGAAGGAGGAGAUCAUAGCCAGUUAGACUGACCCCAAUUAGGAGAACUAGCAGAACUUCACCCUGGUAUAGUCUGAACUUGUGUUGAAUCAAGAAGUGGCUAGUCAGCCCGUAGGCACCAAACCAACAGCUGAAGUCCUUAUAGUCUGAAAAACUAGCAUAUUUGCCAAGCAAAGUCCUGUUGCUUCUCUGAUCUCAGCAUCAUUCUGAAGAACAGAGAUGCUCUUAGUAUCAUCAGCAUUGCCAGGUAGUUUCUGCGGCUCCCAAGGGCUGCAGUUCGUCCCAAUGCGUUUUGCAGCAGCAACCCUCAGCUCUUGCCACCAAGGAAUGACAAGGGGCUUGGAGCUGAGACAAAGGGCCAGCUGACAUCAGUGCCAGUGGGCAGCAGCUGUUGUAAAGGCGAAGGGGCAGGAGGAGUAAUUGUGCGUGUGAGAAGAUCUCAGGAUAUCCUGAGUGUGAACUCUCGCCCCCUCUGCUGACCAAUGUCAUUGAUCACUUUGUGCCCUUUGAGUUGGCCCUGAAUCACCCGGAUUGGUAAACGGUGGCUUUUCCUGAUGCGUGACUCCCACCUAAUGGACAAUCAGGUGCUAGCUGAGUAUCUGUGUCCCUGGACUGCGUGGUUCUGAGUUGUUCAAAAGCUUCUGACUGGAUCAGAACUGCUGGGUUCUCUUAUUGAUGUGCCCCAGGCUCUGCUUUCUUGGUUUGUUUGCUGUCAUCUUCCUAGGCUGUUCCUUCCUGUUAAUCUGCUCUGGUAUUUGUGACCCGGGGGGCUAGCAGGGCUCCACGUGUGGCAUUGCUGAGUACCAGUAAGUUGACGUUGGUUCAUUUUGUGGCAUGGACCGUCACUGAUAGGUGCCUGAUGCUAUGCUGUUUCUCUAUGAAGCAGUAACACUUUGCUUCUCAAAGCCUUUGACAGACAUUAAAGAAUUAAGGCUCAGAACAAUCAUGGGAAGUAGGGAAGUGUUACCCCAUUGUACAUGUGGGGAGACAGGGCCACAGAAAGGUUAAGAGACAUUCCUCAGGCCCCAGCACAGUCCACUGCAGAGCUAGGACUAGAACCCAGAGAAUACUAACACCAUGUGCAGUAGCCAUUACCCUGCACUGCCUCCCUUUUCUGUAAGAGAUGCAGGCUGGAAACCACCAUUCAGUCUGAUGGCCUUUCACUUCUAGAUGU